AUGGCAGUUACUGGACCAGUCGCUCGGUUUGCUCGCCAGAUAGCUGGGCAGGGAUACAUUGUUGCGGCACCAUCCUCUUACCAUGACUUUGUUGGGCCGGAGCCUCUCAAGUACGACGUGGAAGACACGGACCGAGGCAACAAGUUCAAGAUUGAAAAGGCAAGCUCUACUCUCGAGUCCUACGAUGCCGACUCCCACGCAACAGUCGACUACCUCCUCUCACUUCCAACAUGCACCGGCCUCAUCGGCUCAACCGGCAUGUGUCUAGGCGGCCAUCUCGCCGUCCGAGCUGCCCUUGACCCCCGGAUAAAUGCCUGCGUCUCCUACUUUGCCACCGACAUCCAUAGCCGUACCCUGGGCCCCUACACGGCUGCAAACUCAUCCCCCUCUGCCCCCGCCAACUCUAACCACACAAUAGACCACUUAUCCAGGCUGGGGGGAGAAGUAGCGAUGAUCUUUGGCAUCAAAGACACCCACGUCCCUGACCAAGGUCGAGACUUGAUUCGCAGCAAACUCCGUGAUGCAGGCUGCGUUUUUAGCUUUCACGAAUUCGCCUGGGCCCAACAUGCCUUUAUACGGGACGAGUUGAGCAAGGGAAGAUACGACCCGGCUGUUACCAAGAUUUGUUUCGAGAUUUUGCUGGAAUUGUUUGGAAGGGUGUUGAAGACUGAUCUAGGCCAGAAGGAUGGGAAUGUUGCGCCGCCAGAGCAUGUUUGCUAA